AAAAUUUUAAUACGAAAGAUCUGAACCAGGGGACAAUUCUCCUUACAAACGUCCGUUGUCUCUGGAGUUUUGACCAACAUUGUGCUUUCACACCCACAAAACGCCAUAUUAGUAUUAGCCCAAACCAAGAUAUCACCAACCUAGCUCCGUCGGUCCCACUUUAAAGCGUUUGUCGCCUGCAAAGGUUUUUUGUUAACCACCAAUCCGCUCUUUCUAAAUCUCCCGAGAGAGCGUGAGAAAGAAAACGAAAUCGGAAGAAAAUUUUACAGAAAGCUACAAACAUGUGGGUUUUUUACCUGAUCUCGCUGCCUUUAACCUUAGGCAUGGUAAUUUUCACGUUGAGGUACUUCGCUGGGCCUGAGGUCCCUCGUUACGUUCUAUUCACCGUUGGAUACGCCUGGUUUUGUUCUCUCUCCAUCAUCAUCCUCGUUCCCGCCGAUAUUUGGACGACUAUAUCGCAUCCACCUGAUUAUAAUGGGAAUGGAGGCAUUUCAUUCUUUUGGAGCUGGUCUUAUUGGAGUACGUUUUUACUUACUUGGGCUGUGGUGCCACUUAUUCAGGGUUUUGAAGAUGCUGGUGACUUCACUGUGACAGAAAGAUUGAAGACUAGUGUACAUGUUAACUUGGUCUUUUAUUUAAUUGUGGGAUCCAUCGGCCUUUUUGGACUUAUUCUUCUCAUUGUGAUGCACAAGAAUUGGAGCGGAGAUGUUCUUGGUUUUGCUAUGGCAUGCUCAAAUACGUUUGGGCUUGUUACUGGUGCAUUUCUGCUUGGUUUUGGUUUGAGUGAAAUUCCCAAAAGCUACUGGAAAAAUGCAGAUUGGACCAUCCGUCAAAAAAUUCUUUCUCAUAAAAUUGCUAAAAUGGCUGUGAAACUUGAUGAUGCUCACCAAGAUCUUUCAAAUGCUAUUGUAGUAGCUCAAGCAACAUCAAAUCAAAUGUCCAAGCGUGAUCCUCUUAGACCUUACAUGAAUGUUAUUGACAAUAUGUUAACUCAAAUGUUUAGACAAGACCCAUCUUUUAAACCACAAGGUGGAAGAUUGGGGGAAAAUGAUAUGGACUAUGACACUGAUGAGAAAUCAAUGGCAACUCUAAGGUGUCAUCUUCGAGGAGCUAGAGAGCAGUAUUAUCGAUAUAAAAGUGAGUAUAUGACUUGUGUCAUGGAAGCCUUAGAACUGGAAGAUACAGUAAGAAAUUAUGAUCGACGCAAUGCUACUGGAUGGAAAUAUAUUUCAAGCUUUAGACCAGUUCGAACUGGAAAAAUUGGGGGUGUCUUUGAUACAAUAGAGUUUAUUUGGAAAUGUAUUUUAAGAAAACAAAUUGAGAAGCUUUUGGCCAUCGUAUUUGGUACCAUGACAGCUGCUAUUCUGUUAGCGGAGGCCACACUUCUGCCUAGUGGAGUUGAUCUCUCUCUUUUCUCUAUACUUAUAAACUCUGUGAAAUCAGAAGAGGUGUUUGUUCAGAUAUUUGCCUUUGUACCUCUGAUGUAUAUGUGUGUCUGCACAUAUUACUCAUUGUUUAAAAUUGGAAUGUUAAUGAUUUACUCGUUGACACCUUGGCAAACAAGUUCAGUCAACUUGCUUAUGAUAUGCUCGAUGGUUGCUCGAUAUGCUCCUCCAAUUUCAUACAACUUCCUCAAUCUUAUUAGUCUUCGUGAUGGGCGCAAAACUAUAUUUGAAAGGCGGAUGGGGAACAUUGAUAGUGCUGCCCCUUUUUUUGGAAAAGGGUUUAACAAAAUUUAUCCACUAAUUAUGGUUAUAUACACCCUGUUGGUUGCAAGCAAUUUUUUCAACCGGGUAAUUGAUUUCUUUGGGAGUUGGACAAGAUUUAGAUUUCAAACGGAGACAGAGGAAAUGGAUGGAUUUGAUCCAUCUGGAUUAAUUAUUUUACAGAAAGAGCAAUCUUGGCUUGAAAAAGGGCAUAGAGUUGGUGAUAAUGUUGUUCCACUGGCAAGAAAUUUUAACAGCACUGAUAUCGAGAUUGGCAGCAAUAGCACAGAUUCAAGUGCCCUUGAUAUGAAGGCGACAAGAAGUUUAGUAACUAAUGGUGACAAGGGAACUCCAUCAAAAUCUUCAAAAGAAGCAAUGAACAACAAAUAUGCUGCAGUGAGAGAACAGAGUAAACAAUCGUCUGGUACGAAAGCAUUGGAGCAAAAUAAUGCAUCUUCUAAGGUCUCCUUGCUUAAUGGAGGAAACUCCUCUGGCAACACAACUGGAGGACCAUCUAGUCUUGCCUUGAAAUGGAAUUCAAUGAAGACAGGUUUCCAAAGUAUUAGAGCGAAUAUAGGUGCCAAAAAGUUUCUUCCUUUACGCCAAGCACAAGAAACUAAUUUAAUCUCUCAUGAUAACUCAUUGGAGUCCCUUGACGAGAUAUUUCAGAGAUUGAAACGACCAUCAUCUUCAGACCAUGAACAUGCUGAAGAAGAUGAAAAUGAUGAUAUUUCAAGCCCCGUGAGAUAAUUUAAAGAUUCCCUCAUGCAAAAUGAACUUGCUUUUCGUGGAAAGUAUGGGCACAUAUACAGGUUCUGAUUGGCUUAACUUGAAGCAUGCUCCAAAAGUUCUUGUGUAGCCGAAUCCUCAACUGCAGUUGAAGCUGGGGAUAAUGUUCCGUUGUGGUAAGAUGGUGUACCUAUCGACAAAUUAAAAACUUUAGAUGAUAGAAAAGAGAAAAUUGAAAAAGCUUCAUUCAUAGAAAGGAAAUUUUGGGAAAACUGUAAUGAACCACACUUGACAGACGCUCCCCUAGUUGGGGAGCUGACUCUGGCAACAGAACACAACAAUUUCUGAAGAAAAUACAUCUGAAAUGAACUGAAGUUUGGCAGCA